AUGGUUGUCAACGCUCCUGCCAAGAAGAUAGCUGAGAAGGCGAAGACAACACAGCGACCAGUGAGAAUCAAUCCUGCAGAGGAGGUGGAACUGUAUGACCAGGAGUGGGGCGAUCAGACGCGGCUGUUGUUGUUCAACUUGAUGACUGAGCACAAGUUGUGUGAUGCUUCAAUCUCUACUGGCAAGUUCACUAUCAAGCUGCACAAGCUGGUGCUUGCCAUGUCGAGUGAGCGGUUUGCCAGCCUCCUCUCGGAAGGUGUCGACUCUAGGUUUGCAAGCAUCAUCGUCCCGGUGCACAUAUCUGAAUCUACCCUGAAAGUGUUUGUGACAUUCCUGUACCUUGGCAUAGUCAAAGUUAACCUUGGAUUAGUCAAGGAGAUAAAAGUGUUAUCCAAAAUAUUUGAAAUCCAUAAUCUGGAACAUCUAUGCUAUGGUAUCAUGAUUAAGCACAAUAUGUCCACAAAUGUUGGAAGCUGGCCAAAGCUGAAGGUGUCCUUUGAAAAUGCAAAUAAGAAUUCUAAGAAGGAUCAAAAUGUGGGGACAGAAGAGAGUUACUUCAAGGCAAUGUCUGAGAUUGCUAAAUUGCCUUUACAAAGCCCCAAAAGGGUCCCACCCAAGCGUGGUCAAAAGAAAAAACUGACAGGAACCAUCUCAAAAACUGUGGGGCAUAGAUAUGGCACCAGAGGAGCAACUGCCCCGAAGGUUGUUGAGGAUGUGUGGGAAGAUGAUGAUGAUGAUGAUGAUAAUGAUGCUGCUACUGAUGACGAUGAGGAGGAGGAAGUUGUUGGACCGGUUGUUAAGGCAGGACCAAAAGGCAGAUUUCAGGCAAGAAACGCUGCCAAGAAAGAGGCUAUCAGAAAAGGCAAAGUUGGACACAAGGUUGAGAAAUCUAUAAGUUUUAAUGAUGUGAAACCUGGUUACACUGCUACAAAGUGGAAACAACCUUUGGGUGCUUCAGACAUAUUGCUGGAGAUGUCUGAGGCAGGUGAUAACUUGGGUCUAGACAUGGACUCCAUGGACAGAGGGGCAGCAGAGGAGACUCCUGUUCCAACUCUUCAGGGCAGGAAACAGAAGUUGCUUCAGUCGGUUGAGCUGGUCAACAAGGACGUCAGUAACACUGUGCCUGUUACUAUGGAGACAAGUAUGCGAGAUUCGACAAUAAUUGUCACACCAAGUAUGCCUGAAAUACUUACGAAUAAUGUCAGUGAAACAACUGAGGGGAUCCAAGCAUGUGCCAAUAUGACAGUGCCUCAGCCUAUCCUGGAUGAGGUAGCAGGAAAGCCAGACAAUGCAUCGGAUGCUUUGACGGGGAUGAAGAAAGGCAAGAAAGGAAGGGCAAGAAAAUUGCCUCUUCCUACCCACGUGGCUGUGAGACCUCCUCCAAAGAAGAGAGCAAAGAUGGAGUUGAAUCGAUUGACGAGAGAGAAUGACAAGGAUGAUGAUUAUGAUCUGCCAAUGAUCUUCCUCAGCCCGAGCCCGAGUCCAGCCAAAGAGCUUGAGAAGCCAGCAGCACCAAGGAUCACAAAGCCUAGGCCCAAGAAGAGGAAAAGAUGGCCCAAAGCAGACAUCACUAGCCAGCUUGCUAGUGAACUUGAGAGAAUGGCAGAACACAUUGAGGAAGGUGAACGACAGUACAAGUGUGAGCUUUGUGGCAAUGAGUUUGUGUUUCCAAAACGGAGUGUGACUCAUCUUGUGAACACCCACGAAGUUACAGCUGAUGAGGUGAUUAAGAAUGUUGUGAUAAGGAGAAGGGAAGCAAGUCCAAAAGUUUGUGAUAUCUGUGGCUACAAGACUAAAGAUCCCAACUUCUACUACAUCCAUUACCACAAGUAUUUCCGACAUGGCGUGCCACUUCCACAAGGAUGGAAACCGUUUACUUGUGACAUCUGUGGCAAGGAGUGCUUCACCAAGUUUCAGUUGAAGGACCAUAAGCUUAUCCACCAGGAAGAGACUCCGUUUGUGUGUGAAGUUUGUGGGCAGGGAUUCAAAAGCAGGACCUGUCUCAACAGCCAUGUUUUCCACAGACACAGUGAUGAAAGAAAACAUUCAUGUUCUGAGUGCAACAAAACUUUCAAGACAAAAACACAGCGACUUGUUCAUAUGAGGACUCACACAGGAGAGAAGCCAUUCAGCUGCCCUGACUGUCCGUACAAGAGUACCACACGAGGAAACAUGAGGCUGCAUCUUUGUAACAAACAUAAGUAUGACCCUGAACGUAUCAAGGCUCUUAUGUCCCAGUUGAAGACUCUAGAACCUGGGUUUGAUGCCCCUAAGAUGUAUCUUGAAACUGGUAGUCUGGAUCAGUCUGGUAUGACACAUCCAGCAUCAGACACUUCUGGGAUAGCAGACACUUCGCUAACUGUGACCGACGCCACCUUGCCCACGGCUGAAGUUCCAUUGACUCUGACAGCCACUGCAGCUCUGGACAGAGCAGUCAAUGUCAUUGCAGCAGAACAUGCCAUGCAUGCCAUCCUGCUGCCUCUGUCUACGACAGACUCCACAACAUCUCAAAGCAUCACAACCUAUACGGUGGAGUCCACCAUCCCUCUCACUACCAUUACCACUGAGGCCCAAGUCCCUGACCAGCCUCCCUCAUCCAGUCCCACACUCAGCCCUCAGAGACAGCACACCAUGGCCACCAAUGCCAGUCAUUUCUACAUGCAGCAUUCUCCCAUCAGCCCUCCUCCUCCCUCUGACUCCCCCCACACCCCUUACCCGGUUGUCACCAGCUUGCAGCAGGCUGUGUCGCCUCUCAACCUCCAGGCGGCACAAGUAGUAACGACAUUGACCCCAGCAUCUGUUCCUCAAGUCACGACCCCAGACCCCACCCAGACAUAUGAGACGGUGACUUCAGUAGGCAAUAACCAGCAGCCAUAUGAUGCAGCUAUGAUUCAGGCGAUAUUAUCAGCAACAGCAGCAGUUUUAUCCCCAUGGUUAUAACUAGGUGAUAAAACACCUGCCUUAUGACAGUGAAGAGUUGUCUCCCUCUGUUAAGUACUGGACCCCGGGUCACAUACACUGUGAUGCAGCUAUGAUCCAGACAUGUUGUCAGCAACAACAGCAGUUUAUAUCCCAUGGUUAUAACUUAGUGUUAAAACACGAUGAGACUCCGCCACAGUGGAGAGUUGUCUCCUUGUUAAGGUACUGGGCCCUGUACCACAUGGUGAUAUUCAUCAUCUUUAAUGCUUCAAGGUCCACUUCUGGUUAUGUCCAUUUUCAUAAAAAAGGCUAUCCAGGUUCAAACAUGAUAUUAGUGCUGCUUCUUUUGUAAGCCAGUGUUAUAAUAUAGAAGUUACGCACAUCAUAAACCUAUCAUGUCUAUGUGGAACAGCCCAGGGCUCCACUGAAGUAUUCUUAUCGAUGAAGCUUGUAAAUCGCAAUAUUUUGUGAUAAGCACAAUGCAUGUAUGUUUAAUGAAAAUGAAAUUGCAUUGUAAGAAAAUGAAUUGUAAAAUGACACUGUUUAAUGACUGUUUACAGCAUUUUAAGUAUCAUUACUCUAAUCUAAUCUAGAUGUGUAUUAUAAGGUGCCUAGAAUCUUAAGGAACCCAGGACCUCCUUAAUUUUAAACAGGAAUGACAUUAUGUGCAUUUACUAUCAAGCAUUAACUAUUUCGAAAUAUGGUUUUGUUAGGCUGCUAGUCAUCUCUUCUGUAUGUUGAUGAGGUUCCUUAGCCAUGAUAAUAAUCAAGGAAUGCAAUUUUCAGUCACAUACCAUGUUUCAUGUUUCAACCUUACAAUCAUAGUAAACGUCGUACUGUGACAAAGUUCACAAGCAGCUCACAAUGUUGGAUAAAAAAAAAAUGUAUUGUUUCAUACAAAACGAGAUAUUAGAGAUCAUGGAAAAGUGAGGGGAUGCGGAAAGAAAUAUUGUACGAUCACUACAAAAGAUAUAUCCACCAUAAUGUUCAUGACCCCAAACUUUUUUCAGUUUAGUUUCUGGUGGGUUGUUAGUGGAAUGCAAGUUUUCCAUUUGAAGAUAUCACCUGGAAUUUUAGAGUCUAGAAAGGACAACUCAGUGUUGAAUCGUAACCUCACCAUGAUAAUCAUCUUUAUCCUGUUGGGCAUUAUAGUUGUGGAAUGAAGUACUUCAUUUACUUCUCUUGUACUAUACUUUGAUAACAAUAUGCAAUAGUAAUAUAAUGAGUGUAUUUCUGUUCUGAAGAUGUUAUAUAUCUUGAAAAUGUAAUUAAAUUCUUAUCUGACAUCAAACUUGUGAACUGCAAACUUAAUGCCCUACAAGAAUCUGUAAACAUCCAGUCCCUUUUUGACCUAGGCGGCUGUGCUCACAAAAAAUCUCCUUUAGACACCUUGGCAGCUGUGCUCACCAAAUCUCCUUUAGACACCUAGGCAGCUGUUCUCACCAAAUCUCCUUUAGACAACUAGGCAGCUGUGCUCACCAAAUCUCCUUUAGGCAGCUGUGCCAACUGUCUCCUUGACAUGCCUAGGCAUCUGUGCCAAACUAGUGCCUAUUAGAAGCUUGCAUAGAUGUUGUAGUCGAAGUAUUCCUCCUCAAAUAGGAGGACACAUGUACCCCAAAGUUUUGUAAGUAGCUAUUUAUUUAUUGAUCACCAUAUUUGUUAUUUGUUGUUCUGUUACCAUGAUUAUGUCUAGAAACAGUUGUUUUGUUAUUGUUGUGAUGUGGUCUACUGGAUGCCAGUGUUAAUGUCGUCAUUUGGAAUGAUUUUCUCGUAGAUAAGUAGGUUGUCACAUUUUGACAAUUCAAGAAUAUGUUAAAGAAUGAUAAGUCACUGAAUACAGCCUUCUCAUGAUACACCUAUAUCCUGUUAUAGUAUUGAGAUAUGUUCAGUUUGCAUCCCUGAAAUGUGUGCAUCUAUGAAAUCCUUUUGUUUAGUCGGUUAACAGGUGUUUUUUCCCAAAAAUAAAUAUUGGUUGUCAAAAUAAUAACAAAAUUUGUAAUAAAAAAUGAAACAGUUAUCAUAAACCCAGA